UUCUUCGCUGCGUAGAUCCUGAAAAUAAAGAAAAGAAUACGAUGAGAAAAAGUUCUUGGUCAUCGUAUCGUGUCAUCACCAAAGAGGGAUUCGACGAAUCUCGAUUUCACCGGUUUCUCGGUUUUAGAUAAAUAGACGUGCAAUUUUGAUUUCGCGCGCAAACAUUCGGUUCGCUUAUUUACACCGAGUCUUGGCGCUUGCAAGAAAACAGGUAGAUGCUUGUUGAAGAAAGAAAACAGUUCGAUGAGGAAAGACGUUGCUCCGGGCAGAGUGUCGUGGUCGUUCGACUCAUCGAAAUAAAACGUCGAUUCACGUGGUGGGACCAGUGUGUCGCCACGUAUGUUCCCGUCUACCUGUAUAAAAGUAUCGUGAUCCGGGAUUCCGAUCAGAGCACAGUUGGCCGCUGCUAUCCGAGCGAACAUGAUCGAGAUGAUUUUCUUGGUGCUGUUCGUCGGAUCGCUUGGAGCUUCGGCAGCUCCUGGAACCUCUUUCCUCGCGGAAAAUUUGGAGGAGAAAGAGAUGCCUCUGUCGAAGCUGGUCGUCGACAAGCCCUUCCUAUUACCCGGAGGACUGAAUCUGCUGGAAAAGUCUCAAGUGCCUGCCAAGCUGCCCGGGACAAGAAACCUGGAGGAAAAGCGUAUUCCCGAAUUGGUGUUGCAGAAAUUAGCGCAACCACCCCGCGAGAUCCAUCAAGAAGAUUAAACGACGUGAUUUGCGAAUUUGUGGAAGUGAUAAGACAAAUUGUAAAUUUAAUCGAGUAAACAGAAUAAAUAUACGGUUUCAAUUUUUCAAA